AUGCUCAGAGACGCUCUCGAGCUCGGCAUCUUAAGCGAGAGGACAGAAGCGAUUUGGAGAAAAUCCCUUCUCGAGAUAGCGUACCAUGAAGCUCUACAGGAAGUUCGGUUACAUAAGGUAUUGCUGAGCGAGAGCGAUUCCGAUCUGGAGACCUCAGGAGAGGAGUGCGAGGACGACUAUAAGUCAUGCUCCAACACCAUACUCCCAGCGCUGCGUACAGAUAGUGUUCAGGUCAGCCAACAUACCAAGACGGGGAGCGGGAUUGGCAGUCCCAAGGAGGAGGAGAAGGAGGAACGUCUACUAACGGAGCAGAGCAAGCAUGAUGAUGGCCACGAGGAGCAGAAGGGGUUACCGGAGGGAAGAGAGAAGGGAAAGCAGAAGAUAAGUAUCAGUACGGACAAGGACAAGGGGACUGACCAUGGCGAGGGGGAGACGUUUACGCUCACGCGCAAGCUCUCCAAGCUGAGCCCCAAGGGAAGCUACCGCAGGCUCAAGGAGGUGCCGGGCAAGUUCAAGCGGUCUCGAGUUGCGUCGUUUUUCCACAAACCGAAGGAAGAGGAGCGUGUCAGAGAACAGGAGUAG